AUGAUCAAAGAGUUCAUCCAGAAGUCCGAGCUUCGUGAUGGAUGGGAGCCAGUCCCGUGCCCAAGCCCGCUGCAUUCUACCCUGUCCUAUGUUUACACCAUCGAUAUAGAUUCAGAUAUUCUUACCAUCUCCGAAUGGAUCUCGGAGCUGACGCCAAUGGCAACCAGACUAAACCUCACGAGGGCUCUCGAAACCACGUGUCUUCCUUUGAUGGACUUCGUCCCUGUAUCUAAGGCCGUCAUCAACCCCGCCUCGGCGGGCAACCGAUCAUCAGAAAGUCCAAGCAAUGAAGUGCUGCGCUUAGAUAUAGGAAUGCCGACCCCAAUGAACGAGCUGCAGGAGCAGUUCCUUACAGACUUCUUGUUUCUCUGGCGGUUUUACAUCGACGAUCCGCUGACAUGGUAUUUCGAUUCUCCCGUCUUUCGCUUGAUAUCCAUGGCCUUCCUACGCCUGGCCUCUUGGGAUUUUGAAGUGUCGGGAUCCGAUACUUACAACGACCAGCUUCCCAUUGACUUCGCAUCAGUACCGCGGUGGAGCCAAGCGGAAGAAAAUAUAUUUUGGUUUCAUGGUUAUCUAAUCGUUCUCUGCGAGGCCCUCGACUCAACUAUCGCAAAGGGUGAAGCAGUCUCAAAAGCUCAAGAUUUCCUUGGCCAAUCGUGUCCUCGGGACCGAGCGCGCUUGAUCCUCGUCUCACCUAAACAGAUAGCUUUUGUGGAACUUACGACUAACGGCACUCUUGCUACCGACAGUUUACCAUGGCUCACUAACACAUCAGCGACCGAAUGCUCCGUGGGCGCUCGAGCUCUCCUUCGUAUCUUGACCUCGAACUGUUGGAAAAGCCCCCAGGAAAAUAGAGAAAGGUGGGGAUUUCAUCUACCCCCCGAACUGCUGCGGACAGUUAUGGAUUAUCUUAAUCCAAGGGACGCCGUAGCCUUUGCGCAAGGCUCUCUGGUUGCUGAAGAAUGCUACUACCGCUCGAUACCCCAAUUCGCCAAUAUGAGAGUACAAAAUUACCGCCUGAGUAUCCCAUGCUGCGGCAAGCGUGCUGGUCUAGAAGCAAGUGGUGUUCGUUGCGCGUCUUGCUAUGCCUGGUAUCACUUGCGGUGUGUUGGUCUGAUGCAGGAUUCAUCCUCCACCAAUUUCAUUUGUGCUAGCUGUACGGAAAAGGAAUCCAACAACGCCCUUUGUCCUGGAGGGAUAAACCUUGCAAGCCGACGACUUAAGAGAAUCGGAAGCCGAAUCAUGGUUGGAAACUCAGCCCAUUCCCUUGCCUUGCGCCUCGCCAAACCUUCUCAUAUGCGUCCAGAACUACGAUUUAUGGGUGACGCCGCCCUCUCACGAAACCCUUCACUGGUUGACUACGUUCUUGUCUUUAAUGGCGUGUUCUCUGGUCUGGCUUACGGGUUGGAAGCAUGA